AUUUUUAAUAAGAUACGUUGAAGCAUUUUAACUAAUAUAUAAUCGUAUAGCAGUGUUUAAAUAACUGUUUAUCCGCUGUCCUAUUUUGUUUUCACAUCUAAUAUUAACCAAAAUUCUUUUAGAUAUCGUUUCUGUAUCGAUUCGUAUCGCAUGUAAAAAUUUACUCCACAUCGGUAUAAAACUUGUUAAAAAGAGAAUCAGAGUACAGCGUAGUUUUCAACGUACUCCGCAAAUGAAAUUUGCAUCGACCCAAUACCUUCUAGUAUACUCUAUCGAACGCGUUAAUUAACUUAUGAUACCUGAGUAUAGAUAAGCCGACUAAUGACGCAACAUGUGCUGCGUUUGUGCAAGGUAUCGUUAGACAACGACUAAUCACGUUAUUCCCAAAAUCUUCCGAAUGAAAUUUCGCGAUAUAUUCUAACGACAAUGACACGAAGCAUCCUCGUACCUGUCGCACCAGCGAAACAACUUCGAUCCCAUUUUUAUCGCAGCAGAAAUGCAACAUUUGCUUCGCUUCGAGAGUUUGCUGGCUAACCGCGAAGAAUUGUGGGAACAUUGGCGAAGUAAAAGUAAAGCAGCUACGAGUCGCGUUUCGCAAGUCGGAAAUUCGUACGGUGGUUGGUCUGACGUAACCCGUUACGAACCGUUGCGCGUUCAAUGGUCCAUAUUGCGCGUUACUUCUCAAACAGAAUAAACAUCGUCUCCGAUGAUUUAGCUAUGCGUCGAAAUAUCUUUCUAAGAGGUUCUUCGUUACAUAUCAGAGGAGGUGGAAACUGAUAGGAAAGUGAAAGAUAUAAUAUCAGCGUGGUUGAACAAAAACUCACGAUCGUUGGCUAGUGCUUCCGCGUUUCUUGCAGUUAUUAAUAAAAGCUCGUUCUCUGUACACGACGGGGCGACUGCGAGCCGCCUCUUCUUCGGCAACGGGACGAUCUCACGGCCUGUAAUCAGUCGGCGGAUCUCCCAAGAGCUAAUUAGAAACUUACGGAGAAGAGGUUUCUGUCAGCAACGUUCCUCAAGCCAGCGGAAGAAGCCUUUUCCUCUGGCAACGAUAACAGAUCGUUAUGCGCACAUACGCUCGUGCUUUUCGUCUACAAUUUCAUCCGUUCGAGUUAGGUGCAAUUACUCUUAACUGCUUUGAACGAACGUUCGCAGUCGGUGGAGGUAGAACAGUCGAAUAUAGGAUAUAUUUGAUGAUUUCUUGUAAUUCGAAUACAGAGUAUCUCUGAACGAAUUAUAGUCAUCGGAACCAAAAGUAGGUUCUUUAAAAGAGGAACAGCUUUACUGCCAAAACAUUGGAGCCAGGUGCGCGUUUUCGUGCUGCGUAUCGUGACACGAAGUUGCAUGACGCCACGUCGUUAGCCAGGUAUUCGUAAAUGCAGCGAGUCCUUGGUAAAGUCUUGAAUCGAUUGCUUUCCAUCGAAGCGAUAAGAAAAAAUAAAUAGCCGGUAGCAAAAUAAAUCGAUUCGAUACGAUUACUUUGAAGCCUAAAAAGCGAGGGACGCGAGCGAAGACUUUGAUAUGGCGGAACGGCGGCGAAGGCCAACGAAAAAAAGUGCACCGAUGCAACAUACCGUAACGAUCGUGUCUGUUAUUGUCGAUUGCAUCGUGGAGCGCGCACGUGCCAGCACCAAGUGCAACGUAAAUAGCUUCCGCGAUGUGUCUUGCGGCAGACCGCAAGAAGAAAGAAAUUCUAUCGUUGGAAUUGUCAACUAACAGCGCGCAAAUCUUUUGAUACUUUUUCCUAAGUUUCUUCGAUACUUUUGGAGGUGCAGUCUGCAACGCUUCCGCUUCGUUAUUUCCGCUUUGAAAUAGGCUGACGCUGUUGUGAAUGGAGCUUAAUACUCGAGAAGAAAGCGGAGUAAGAAGGGAACAGCGAAGAGAACGCGAAGCAAUUACUUUGCCCCACCGUUUAAAUCGUUCGAGGAGUUUCGUUAUUACCUUUUUUGCGAGCAUUAAAGUCGGUCGCCUCGAUGGGUGCAUAUAGAGAGAGAGUUUCACUUUUCCCACGAUUAUCUGUCAUCCAAUGAUUUCAAUCGAUCGGUUUUUUCCUCAAUUAUUGGCAGUUGCACCAGCGGCGAUUAGUACAUACUCAUAUAAGUGCAAAUGAUCGUUUCAACCCUGAAAUCAGUCACGCAACAUUUACUAUAGUAUUCUGUAGUUCGAUCGGGAAUCGAAUGUCCAGCGAUAAAGUUCGGUUCGCUGAGACUAGCACGGUUAUGAAAGAAGAAAAAUGUUGAGUAUAUGGCUGGGCGAUCCAGAGGUAUAUUUCCACGGAAGGAAAAGUCUGGAUGCAGCGACAGAGAUUUUCGGUGUUAGACUAAUGGAGCACGCCGAUCUGCCUAAUCUCGAGCAACUCAUACGUCCGGAGACGUAUGAAAUUUUUGGAGACGUGGAACUCGAACGCAUCUUCGAGGCGAGUUGUCUAUCAAUGGUGCAGUGUAACGAAAAGUGUGAAAUCGUUUCAGGCAUAUGCCUUUGCAAUUAUCCGAACGUGCCGUCGGUGACUCCAGAUGAUUGGCUGACUUGGUUGUACAGAUUGUACAAGAUCGAAGAUGUGACAGAAGGAAACGCGAUGUUUAUACAUAUCCUCGUGUGGGACAAACGAUAUACUGGCAACUUCUUCGCAGACCUACUGACAGGACUCUUCGAUAUUACGUCGUAUUUGCAGCACGUGAUUCUCGUGAUUCCUCCUCAGAUUAUCAUACGUGAGCCCAAAGAUGGAUCUUUCGGUAGACGCGGCUCAAAACCACCGGUGGUUUUAAUUUUCCAGCUGCCGCGGACGUGUUCGAACAGCAGACCGUCCGUGCAGUCAAUCUACAUAACCGAACGUCAUCUAAAAAAUCCCAGGCUCAAGAUUCGACGUGCUGUAGAAGAGGAUAACGACGACAUAGUAGCGAUCAUCGACGCGGAGUCGAGCCUCGUAAAAGAAUUUUAUGGAGAAUUUUACGUCAGCGAGAUGAUUCGCAAUCCUGACAACUGUCGACGACUGAUCGUUUCCGAGGAUGACGAUGGUUUUGCUACUGGCGUAAUGUUUCUCAAUAGCAACGCAGAUGUAGAUACGCUCAAUCAGAAUUUCGAACUGCGACCGUACAAUGGUCUUAGAAAGAUCCAUGAAAACGACAAAUUUCUUCGACAAAGCAUGCAGCCUGCCAGCAAGACGUUCUUCUCUAUAUUUUGGAGAAAGUCCCUUGGGGAAUCAACGGAAGAAUUCUCCGAGAAACUUUCACCGGAAGAGAGCAUGGAAAUCUUCGAGGACACAGAUUCUAGAGUUUCUGUAGCUUCCAACGAUGGAUGGACAAAACUGAUGCCACCUAUGAGAAAACUGAUCGAUCCAUCGAUAAUGACCUUCGCCAGUGAUCUGCAAUCGAUAGCCGAUUACUUCGACACGUACUAUCAAUCAAAAUUGAUGACCAACGCGUUCACGGACUCGUUAUUUACGAUACCACGUGAGCCCCACGAAUUUCGACUUACUGUUCGAUUUUUAUUUAAGAGGAACAAAACCAAUUGCGACUUUUUUUGCAACAAAGGAAGAUCUAUCGUUACCUUCGGUGAAUCUUUCGGAGACCCAGUAUUUGACAAGAUCGAUGUCCCUUCGCAGCCUGUUUAUCACGGCGAUGUUAACGCAUUCGUUUUGGAAAUUUUCGCGAUGAAAGAUCAAAUAAAACGUCGCUGGAGUAGGAACUUCAUGGAGGCCGCGUUCGAGUGUUUUCCCGACUUGGAUUAUUGCGUGAUCCUUCUGCCUUUCUCUCAUCCUUACUUUCCUCUCCUCCAACAUUUCGUGCGUGUGCCACUGAAGUGUAACAAGGAUUAUCCCAUGACGCUAUACGUAAUGCAUCGUGCUGCUCUUCUGGGUCACAUAAAGCUUCGAGAAGCUAAGCUUUCCGAUAGAGACGACAUACAAGAACUUUUACAGAAUAUUCCAAAAGCGGAACAAGUUUUAAUAGACUUUGAUAUCGCGAUGGAUAAAAAACCAUCAGAGAUGCAGUGUUAUAUCUGUCAAUGGAAGGACAGGAUAAUCGGUGUAGCAAUUCUUUGCGUCGAGAAAGAAGUCACGUAUAUUAGACGACGUUAUCACAUAGAAGAUUACAUCGCAGAGAAAAAUAUACCUGGCGAUGCUUAUGGACGUAUUCUACAUUUCAUACUGAUGCCAGUUUUCUCCAUUCAUCUGCCCUUCUUCUUCUGCGAGAUCGCUCGUUUUAGUGGCAUGAUCGUUCUUUAUUAUCGACUUACAGAAACAGCGUUGAGUGCAUUGACUCGUACGCAUCCUCUGACGAUAUGCUUGAACACUAUGGCUUCCGUGAGGCCUCGUCGAAGAAUCGAAUACAAGUACCAUGGUUUCGAGGAAGCUGACGAGCCUAUGAAACGAACUGAACGUUUUUCGCUUUUCAUGACGUCACCAAGGAUCGCAUUGAUACCAAAACCGAUCAUCGAUUCGAGGGUGGUUGUGGUGGGCGCCUCGGAUUGUGCCGUUGCAUUCUUAGAACAUCUUAUUUUUGGACAAAGCUUCAUACGAUUCGCGAAUAUCACUCUGAUAUCGCCACACGGCUUACCUUUCGAGGACGAAGACGAAAUGUGCGCGUGUUUGCUACCCUUCAAAGGCCGAUAUUGUCCGAGGUAUCGUCGGCUGAUUGGGGCACGUUAUCGAAUUAGUAUUGUAUAUGGAACAGUGACGUCGAUUCAAAGGUAUGGAAAAACAGAGAGGUAUGAACUUUCGCAAACAUUCACGAUCUACAUUACAGUGUUAAUGAAAUUUCUUCAAAUGUUUUCUAUAAUGACACAAAUAUUCUCGUGGCCGAUUGCACCUAAUAGGAAAGAGAAAUACGUAACUGUGAUGCAUCAAGGAAACAUUACGUACGAUUAUCUCAUCUUAACCUGUGGAAUGCAGUAUCAGCGUCCUCAAUUUCAAGAUGAAUUGGACGAACAGAAAAAAGGAGAAUUUUUGCAGCACGAAACACCUUGGAACUGUUUGACGAUCAAUGACGAUACAGAAGCAGCUAUCUGUUUAGAGAAGAUCGAAGUGCUGACAAAUAAAUUGAAACGCGAAAGGAAGAUUAUUUUUUAUGGACACAACAUCGAUUGUUAUUGCGCCCUUCAAGGAUUGCUCGAAUUUGGAGUUAAGGGUUCUUGGAUCACACUGAUCCAACCGCCAUUGCAAAAGUGUACAUCCUACGAAAAUAUCUUCUUCAACGAUUGCGAAGUACAAAAAGCACGCGAAUUAGAUUUGUUUUUCUUUAAUCGUUCCAACGACACUCUUCGACUCCACUGUACAACACUGAGCGACUAUUUUGUUACUGAUAUACAAUGUUUAUACGUUUGCGUGUACGCAGAAGUGAUGAAGUCGAUUUCGGAGAAUAAUAUCGAGGUGCUCGUGGGUUGGGAAUUGAUCGAUUGGCACGUAAAAAGCUUGCCACGAGGAACAAUGAUAGAAGCGAUCGUUAUCCGCCUGAGAGUCUGUCCACGACCGCUGACUAUGAUUCACCAAUGCGUUCGAUCCUUUUCAGCGAUCUGUAGGUCUGGACUCAUGUUCGACGGCCAGCUGGUCAUAGACACGGAAUUAAGGACAAACGAUCCAUCGAUCUUUGCUGCUGGUAGCAUAACUAAGUAUUGUAGAAGAUUCUACCUCGAAGCCUGGCAACAUAUAUACUUCAAUAGUAUAGAGAUCGGCGAGAAACUGGCGAAGAUUCUUCGAUCGGUCAUCGAAAAUGAACAUCGAGGCAGCGAGACAUCGGUCGCACAGUUAAAAAGCAAGGAAGAUCAACCGAUAGUCGUGUUUCGAUCACCGAAAAUCGUGGCCUGUACUUUACCCGGUGGUUAUCGCUACCUUCACGUGGGCAAGUCUGGAAAAUCCAUGUUACGCAAACCUACGAUUCAGUACAACGUUUACGUGAGUUUUCAUUGUGCUUUCGCUACGUUUCGCGAGGAAAUUCGUUUAAGCGAUCGUAUUUAGGGUGAAGUGCUGAUAACAGGAUCGUGUACAUCAGAAAUUGGCUACUUUCGCAUAAAACUGAAUCGGUUUGACAUGAUAGAAACAGUAACGUGUUUCAACAAGAAGGAUUUUGAAGUGCGUCAUAUGGUCGCGUUAUACGGAAAACACGAGAGCUUACUGAACGAGCUUAAAGCACGUUUCGAAAAAUCGUUGAUCUCGGACUUUUACGCGUACUUCCGGGAACCAUGGGCCAUGGCGAUCUUCUACGAUAGAUUCGAGUGUCUUCGAGUGGAGAACCGUGCUACGCUCUUGUCGAAAACGGCAAUUCCUGGACAAUCAUUAGUUGACGAUUGCGUGCGUGCACUAGUACAAUCCAACUGGAAUGCGAUACAAGACAACGAUCGUCAGACCAUCCAAUCGAGAUUCGCUGGCUCGGUGUACCAGCAGGAAAUAGAGGAAAAUUUGCUAGAUCUGCUACAGUUCUCCGAAGAAGACUUGCCUGUUUACUGCACUCCUGGAAAAUUCCGUGAAUUAUACGCGGACAUUGAAAACAGUCCACUGUACACGGAUUUGUAACUAAAGAGACUCGUAAAGAUAUUUAAACAGAUAUGGAAACCUUCUAUAAAUAUAUUAUCCGCAUUGCACGAAACAUUGAAACAUUUUAUUGAUACUAUGUAAUGACACGACUGUCGUGAUCGUAUUGAUAAAGUUUGAAAUAAGAUGGACGACUAUAAGUGGAUUAGAUUCGUUGAUUAACAUCUCGUUCGACAGGAAAGAGAUCAUUAUAAACAAAGUCUUACCACGUUUAUAAAAAUAUUCUACAGCCAACGUUCAGAUACUUUCAUGUAUCACCGUAAAUGGAUGCUCCUGUCACAGCUAAUUUCCAUUUCACGCUUUCUCGAACGAACAGCAGCCUUUUUCUUCGACACGUAAAACGCGUUUUCGAAUCACCCGUGACGCCCGCUGAAACCACAAACACGUUAGAGAUCGAUGAAUAGACGCUUCUGAUUUUAAGAUCGCCUUUUCAAUCGGAAACUGUCCUCGAUCGCUUCGUCCGUGCCUGUUUACUUGGCAUGCUAUUCAAUCUGUGGGUCAAGUUUAACAUUCCAAAGAGCUGCUCCAUAAACAUACAGCUCAAGGCAUUUACUCGCCACCUACGCACCAUGAAACGACAAAUACGCGUUACAGAAAUGUCACGGCACGCCUUUUAAACGCGAAAUUGUCUCUCCGGUUGCUUAUCAGCCUGUGCGGAUCGCGGAUCCUCGACUUAUUCUCUUUGGAGAACAGGAUCGCCUAAUCUAAAAGAGAAAGUACGUCCGAGGCCUGACUUUAGCAGCGUUCGACCUGUAACACUUACACGUGACAAACGAUAGUGAGACAUUCUGUGCAUCUAGGUACACUGUUCGAAACAAUUAGUGAGUUGCUAGUAUGAACAGUUUUAUUGCGUCAAUUGGACAAACAGAAUUACGCAGGAAUCCAAUACUGUCAUCCUUAAUUAAAAUGUUCUGCCAAGAAUUUCUUCAUUUUUCAAGAUAGGCACGUUGAAAUAUUUGGAAUCCGUCAAAUAAAAUUGUAUUAUGUAGAGUAUUACGAAAUAAUGAUUUGAAAUCGAACGAGCACGAAACUUCACUGAAUAAGUUACGAACAAAUGAUUUAGAAAAUAAUUAUCUCUUUAUUCUCCAGAUUUUUCGCAUUGCUAAUAUAAAAGUUAAAUUUUAACUUUUGUACAGUAAAUGUUGUAAAAGAAAUUGAUAAAUUAGUUGUGUAUGUACUGCCUUUAUACCGAAGCUACAAAAGCUUUUGUCGAUGAAUUACGAGGAAUUUCUUUCCUUGGCGGGUUUAUGUUCUUCAUAGUGGGAAAGUAAAAACCUGAAACAUUAGGAAUUCAUUAGAAAAAUGUACACAUUCAAGCAACGUAUAUAAAAAUCAAAGUGUGACAUGGAAAAUGAUUCUUUGCCUAUUUUGAGCUGUUGUGCUACCGUGGCAAAGUGGCGAUUUAAAUAUAGAAUAACGAGAUGUUUUAUCAAUUACAUGGCGCGAACAAGCAGCCAAAUGCUUUACAGCUUAAUGGACCAGUGAUUCAGAAGCAGAACCGGAAGCAGAAUCGUCUAAUUAAAUAUU